GCUUACUUGGAUCAUUUUCAAGAGAAUCGCUUUAUAAUAAUACCGUUUGACAUCACAAGUGCAUGAGUGCAGGCUACAGGGAUCAGCGCCCACAUACUGGUAGGGGAAGGAGGCUGUUGAACAUCGCAGUAAACUGGUCGUCAUGGAGAAUAGUUGGCUGUUACUGGGACUCUCACUACUUAUUUCUAGUGUACACGCUCAUGGUUGGGGUAGAUCAAAUUCACAGGGAGGAGGAUGGCACAGUUAUGGUAAUGGAGGAUCACAGGGAAAUGCUUGGUCAGGAAAAGAUAAAUCCGCCGGAUAUGGAGACGGAUCUCGAAGUUGGAAUGGAGGUACUAGAUCAGAAAAUGCAUACGGAGUUUCUGAUGAAUCCACUGGAACCCGGAAUGACGCCGGAGGUUGGAACAAUGCUCAGCAAGAAUCCACCGGAGGCUUGAACAACGAACAACAGGGAUCUGCCGGGAGUUGGAGCAACGACCAACAGGGAUCUGUCGGAGGCUGGAACAACAAUCAAAAGGGUUCAGUCGGAAGCUGGCAUAAUGCACAACAAGGAACGUGGAAUGGAAACGAUGGAUCCCAUGGGACAUGGGGAGGAAAUCACGUGGUAUCGCGGGACGCAUUUGUGGCAGACGAUGGCUCUCGAGUUAGGACCGAACGGCAUUAUUACACGGGCACAAUCAGCAGCAGCGGCGGGGCGGCCGGAUCAGGGGGUCAGACCCAAGGUUCUAACUUGUCUGUCAGAGAUUUGUGGAGACAAAAACUAGUUUCAAUGCUUCAGAAUGGGUUUAGAGGCUUUAGGGAUCCAUGGAAAACGAGCUUGGAGAGAGGCGGUGUUGACGUCAAGCUAAAUCGGAACGAAGAGCCGGCAAACAGUGAAGACAAACAUGCAGAGAAGAAACAUGAUUUUGAUUACGACAGGAACAGUUUUUAUGGUCCUGAAAACUGGUCGUAUUUCUGGAGCCACUGUACAGGAACUCGUCAGUCGCCGAUAGAUGUACAGGAUUCCCUAGUCACCUACAAGGACUUCUCUAUCAAAUUCGGCAAUCUCCCGGUCUACGGAUUCAGGGGGAAGUUCUUUAACAACGGUCAUGCGCCGACGUUCACCCUCUCCGUUAAUGGCAGCACAGUACGCGGUUUACCUACCUCACCUGACGACAAGUUUCAACUAAUCCAGUUUCACUUUCACUUUGCCUGUGACAAAGAAGGGGGCUCUGAACACAAACUCAAUGGUCACAGAAUGGAUGCCGAGAUGCAUAUGGUACAUUAUAAUACCAAAUACGAGAGUUUCGACAAAGCCAUGGGAGAACCAGACGGUUUGGCAGUAGUUGCUGUAUUCUUCAAGGCAAUAGAAAAGUCUAUGGGCCGAUUCGAUAGGUUCAUAAACGCUAAUGAAAAAUACUUACUCGAUGUAUCAGAAACUGGAUGUGAAGCGAUGUUUGAUCCUUUCUUACUUGUUCCAAAAAAGAAGGAUGCGUAUGCAUAUGAGGGUUCCCUAACGACGCCAGGCUGCCUAGAAAGCGUCUCAUGGAUUAUCCUUAAAAAUCCAGUCUUUAUUAACCUAAAUACGAUGAGAGUGUUCCGAGAAAUGCACGAUGGACACGGAGAUGAAAUGAUAACAGUCUAUGGAAACUGCCGACCAAUACAACCACAAGCUAGUCGUCCGGUUUAUGCAAACUUUCAUCCGUAAUCGUGACAAGAGAGGCAAAGCGUAGAAAUUUGAUUAUCCAACGAACCAAUCCAAAUAUUUGAAAUAAAAAGGAAAUAUUAAAGAAACUAUCAACUACGAAGACACAUAUAUCUGUGAUCUUUAGAACUUGUCUCGGUUAUUAAUAAAAGA